AUAAAAGACUUUUAUGUUGCAUAAGACUCUAGUUUUGUAGGAAUCACGCUGUAGCUACUUUUUAUGCACGUGUGAGGCCAUGUCUAAAGGACAAAAGCGAGCAAAAAGACUGGGGUUCUGUGGUAAAAAGACCAAAGCCUUUGAACACCAGACAAACCCAAGAGGAGGAAGAAAAUGUACUGAAUUGCCUAAUGUUCUCAACUUCAAAGAACACAAUCAGAAACAAGCUGAACUUCGAAAAAAGAGGCUGGAGGAGCAGCGCCAGAGGCAGCAGCUGUUGAGGGAUGGUGAGCUGAUGAAGAGGAGGAAUCUUGAUGUAUUCCAAAAAGACAUUCAGGAGCGACAGCAAGCGUUUGAACAAAGGGAAAUAGAAAUGAAAAAUCUGGAGAAACAUGUCAGUUUUGAAAAUGAAAAUUCAAGAAAGAUGUAUUACAGAGAAUUUAAAAAAGUGAUUCAAGUCUCUGAUGUUAUUUUGGAGGUUUUGGAUGCUAGAGAUCCAUUAGGAUGUCGCUGUCCUCAGGUUGAGCAAGCUGUUGUCCAGAGUGGAACCAAUAAGAAAAUUAUUCUUGUUCUGAAUAAAAUUGAUCUAGUCCCCAAGGACAUUGUGGAAAAGUGGAUUAAGUAUCUUCGCAAUGAGUUUCCAACAGUGGCCUUCAAAUCUUCCACCCAGCAGCAGAACAAGAAUUUGAAACGUAGCCAUGUACCUGUAAGCCAGGCCACUCAGGAACUCCUGGGCAGCAGUGCAUGUGUGGGGGCUGACUGUCUUAUGAAGCUGCUCAGCAACUAUUGUCGCAUCCAAGACAUUAAGACAACAAUAACUGUAGGAGUGGUUGGAUUUCCAAAUGUUGGAAAGAGUAGUUUGAUUAACAGUUUGAAGAGGGCACGGGCUUGCACUGUAGGAGCUACCCCUGGUGUAACAAAGUGCUUACAAGAGGUGCAUAUAGACAAACACAUCAAGAUUUUGGACUGUCCUGGCAUUGUCAUGACCUCAACCAAUGAUGCUGGUGUUAUUCUUCGGAACUGUGUGAAAAUUGAACAGUUAGUUGACCCAGUCCCAGCAGUUGAAAUAAUUUUACGACGCUGCAGUAAAAAACAGAUCAUGGAGCACUUUGGUGUUCCGGACUUUCACACAACUCUCGACUUUCUGGCACUGCUUGCCCAUCGUCAGGGCAAGCUGAAAAAAGGCGGAAUGCCUGACAGUGACCAAGCCGCCAAGAGUGUUCUCAUGGAUUGGACAGGAGGACGGAUCAACUACUUCACACAUCCUCCAGAAACACACACACUACCGAUGCAUGUCAGCGCUCAGAUUUUAACUGAAAUGAGCAAGGAGUUUGACUGGGAUGAGCUGGAGAAGGGCAACCAGGAGACUUUAGCUGAAUGUAACUCAGGAAAUGCUGAGAUGGCCUUGUGCAUGACCACGUCAGGAAUGACUGAAAUCAGCCAUGAAGUGGCACCAGAAGUAGAAUCCUUAGACAUGGAUACCCAACACGCUUCUAAAUGUGUGGAUGCAGAUGACCCAGAGUUUGGACCUAUGACUGUAGAUCUGAAAGCAGGAAGAAUUAAAUCUGGUGCAGUGGUUGAUUCAACUCCCAACCCUGUGGAUUUGGAUAUCCUGGCUAUUGACCCACUUCACCAAGGCCAGGCACUUCUUGCUGCUAACAAGAAAAGAAAGAGGCAACAAAAAAGAGCAGAUAAACUUGCCACUAAACUCUCAGAUUCUCUCACGUCAGCCAUGAAUUUUGCCUUUCUGGAAAGCUGAAAUUUAUAAACAAAGAACUCGAUGCCAACAGAAUAAACAGGAAUGCCUCUGUUGCCAACAAGUCUAGUCCUUCUUUAUUUGCAUGCCUCAUAUUCCAUUAACAUACUUCAAGCAGGAAAAAGCUAUUGAAAACUUUCAGACAUUUGGCCUUGCUGUGAUAGUGACCCUGUUUGGCUCAAUUCCAAAAUUUAACCAGUUUACUUUAAUAAUAAAUUUAUAUUCAUAUAUCCUA